AUGGGCUCCUCGGCGGGCUCCACCCCGACGGUGCGGGCAGCGCGGCAGCAGCAGCAGCGUGGCGCAGGCGAGGCGGCGUCGGCGUCGAGCCCCGUCUUCCUCAACGUGUACGACGUCACCCCCGCCAACGGCUACGCCCGGUGGCUCGGCCUCGGCGUCUACCACUCCGGCGUGCAAGGCACGUUCGUUCACCAGGCACCCCCGCGCGGGUUCCCUCCCUCCUUCCCUCCUUCCUCCUCCGCCGCGUCCUAA